CCUGCCCCGUCCCCACACCCGCAUCUCCCCCGCUAUACAUCACACAGUGCCCCAUAAAUCUCCGGGCGUCAUAAUAUCCUCCUCCCUCGUGUGUAUCCGCCAGUAUACCCGGCCCGGCUCCCCCUCCCUCCGGCCGCACAGUGGUCUCUUCCGGUGUCCUCCACUGUCAGCCACCACAUCCGGGCACAAGAGCCAGCCAGACCCCGGGAGACGCCACCAUGGUGAACGUUGUCCGUUACAUACGGGAGAUGUGGACCUAUGCGUUGCUGCCUGCAGGAUUUGCCAUUGGAUUGUAUUUUGAUCGAUGGAAUGAUUCCAGGUUGACUCAAUUCAGAAAUAAAAGCCAACUCUUCCAAAGGGAACUGAAACCAGGUGAAGUGCCGUGGAGAUGAAAAGAGAAAUGGCGAUCUGUAUAACGGCAAGCCGGAUGCCUCUCUGUAUAAAGUGUGGAACUUGGAUCUAGUUCUAAGUUAUGUGAAUAAUAAAUACUAUAUUAAUGAA